UCCUCUAUCAACCCCACUUCAGUCCCAUAUUAACCCACUCAAAAUCCUUGCAAAAGAAGAAGAUGAGCAAUCUUGUCAACCAAGAGGCGACCUGGGAAGAUGAAGACCAUGAGGUGGUUUUCAACGAUGAAGCACCAAGACCCCAAGGAGGAUCUCGACUGAGGCUAGUUGGGAGAAUGUUCGGUGAUAGGGAAAUAAGCAAGCAAGCGAUGGUGGGCAUGAUUAACAGGGCAUGGUCACACUUUUGUGAGCCAUCGGUCCAGAAGAUCCACAAAACCAGAAAUACCUUCAUCUUUCUUUUCAAUCACAAAGGAGAGAUGGAUCGCGCUUGGGAAGGAAGGCCUUGGCAAAUCUCAGGCAACACCCUACAGCUGAAGCAAUGGGAGGAAUCUGUUCGCCCCCAAAAUGUCAAUUUCGACCUAGCUGACUACUGGGUUCAAGUCCACGGCAUCCCAGACCACAAAAGAACUGUCUCUAAUGUGGAAUCUGCGGUGGCUAUGUUCCCAAAAAUUCAUGGCACAGAUAUGAGAGGGCUCAAUCCAGACAAGUACAUGGAGUUCAUCCGCGUCUUUGUUCAAGCUGAUCUGACCCGUCCCCUUCCCCCUGGCUCGUAUUACACUGUGGAUGGGACAAGAGAAUGGUUGGGGUUCAGGUAUGAGAAGUUGUACAUCCUCUGCUACUACUGUGGAAGGCAGGGUCAUACCAAACAAGAGUGCUUGAAGAUGAAGUCUGAUGCUGAACUGAGAAUUGCAGGCCCACCAGAAGGAAGAUUUACCCCCUGGAUGAAGGCAGGGACCAGGGCUGUUCGCCCUCCUCCUCCCCCAAGAGGAAGAGUUGUUUACAGUUCCCCGGGUGAUGCCGGAUCUAGCUCGGGGUCACCAGGUUUCAUCCAGAAUCAGCUGUGGAUUCCAGGAAAACCCUCUCCGACGGCAGGCUCCUCCAACUCCAGAUCGCCGGCAAAUCCUUCCGAUGGAGACAUGGAGCUCGGAAUUCGAGGACCCCCGGGCUUCACGCCCCACCCUUUUCCAUCAGGCCACUUUGCGUCAAGCCCAAGAUCCACUACAGGGAGUGCUAGCCAACGGUUCUUUUCCCCUAGUCCUGAACCUAAUUUGAGGGCCUAUGGGACAGUACCAUUUUUCUCUCCUUCUGUCAAAUUCCACUCUCAUUCGCCUACUAUUGCGAGAAACCUCACACCUGAAAUGGAAGCUGCUGCUGCGUGGGCCCACAUGUUUCCUCAUCAAGCUGAUUUUCUGAAUGGGCCAUAUCAAACUCACCAGGCCCAAAUGCAAUCCUCCAUUUAUCAAUCACAACUCCACCUCCAAGCCCAACAAGCUCAAAGCAACCAUCCAAACGUCUCUCAGAUGGUGGAGGAUUUGGGAAAGAAAAUGGACCUUAACAGAAGGCCCAAUGAUUUUGGGUUCCCUCUCCCAACCGAUCUGACAGAGGAAGGCCAGGCUGAACUUAAAAAAAGAAAGCAUGGCCAACCCUUGGACUUUGGUGGACCUUAUUUCUCUCCUGGCGAUGAUUCAAGCAGGCCGAGAAAUGCUAGAAUAAAAGUGAAGGGUCGCAAAAUGAAGUCAAUUGCUGGAGAUGGAAAAGAAGAAUGUCAUGAAGAGAAAGAGCAGGGGGAGCAGCUGAUGCAUUCUAACUCUGAAGCGAAGGUGGCCAGCUCUAAGCCACCAAGAGAGAAAUGAGUUACAUAAGCUGGAACUGCCGGGGAAUUGGGCAAACCCGGACAGAAAAUCACCUUCGACGGAUGGUAAGGAGGUGUCGCCCCUCUUUAGUUUUUCUUAUGGAAACUAUGAAUACUGAAGAGACUAUGGAGCAAAAAAGGAUCAGCAACAACUUUUUCAAGGGUGAAUAUGUCAACCCGGAAGGGACAACCGGUGGAUUAGCUCUCUGGUGGACAGCAGGCUUCCCUAUCCAAAUUUUGGAUCGGGGACGGAAUUUUUUUGAUGUUUUUAUUAAUUAUGGUGGGGGGUUCUUCAUGACUCUUGUUCACGCCCCCUCCGUUCCUAGUGAGAGGAGGGCGUUUUGGGAUAGGCUUUCUAGUUUUAGAAAUAAUGUCAAUGUGCCAUG